AUGCCACGGCUAAUUGUUAAGAAGAAUAUCCUAAAUUUAAUUACUGAAGCUCAAUUAAAGAUAGUAUUCGAAUAAAAGGUAAAUUGUUGAUGUUAAAGUUAGUUUCAAAGGCAAUAAGAAUAGAAGGUUGUGUUUUAUUGGCUAUAAGCAUCAAUCAGAUUCAAUCAAUGCAAAAGAACAUUUUGA